GCUUCAUACUAAACCCUAAGAAAAUGAUUGUCAUCAGUUGGUAAAUGAAGAUAGCGAACGAAGGCCGAGACGGAGACGGUGCCACUGCCACCGCCGAUGAAAGAAGCUCUAGCCAUGGCUGUUGCAAAAUCAAAGAGCCAGGAGAUUCAAGCGAGGGUUUAGACUCAAUCAGCUCAAUGCCUGAUGUGAUCCUCCAAGUUAUCCUCUCCUUAAUUCCGACCAGAUUCGCCAUCAGGACUUCCGUCUUGUCCAGACGAUGGAGGCAUGUAUGGUCCUAUAUACCUUCUCUCUACUUCCAUAAGGACAGACCGGAUGCUAAUUCGAUAAACGAAACCCUAGCUCGCUACAAGGCUCCGAAGAUGAUGAGUUUCCGUAUCUGUACCAGUGAGCUCGAUAAUCUUCCUAACAUGGACAGUUGGAUCAAGUUCGCUUUGUCCAGAAACGUGGAGAAUCUGUCGCUGUAUUUGGAGCGGAGGAGUGACUAUAAUAUCCCUGAAUUCCUCUACGUCAAUUCCUCUGUCAAGAAUCUCUGCAUUGAGUCAAUAUUCUAUUCUAAUAUAAUUCCCAAAUGCUCUGUGUCGUGGACAUCCCUGAAGAAUAUGUCCUUGUGGUGUUGCAAGCUCUCUGAUGAAUCCAUUGCUAAGAUCCUAUUUGGUUGUCCGAUUCUCGAAAGCUUAACAUUGUGUUUCUGCAAGGAACUGAAGGUUCUUGAUCUCAGCAAAUCACCGCGUCUGAAAACAUUAGUAAUUUAUAACGACAGUGUGAAUCCGGGGCCAAGGAAGAUCGUGGCACCACAUAUCCAUCGUCUCAGAUUGAAAAACACUCAGUUACCAUGUGAUUUAUUAGUUGAUGUCUCAUCUUUAACCGAAGCUAAACUAGACAUUAGCUAUAACUCCUACCGUGAAAAACUGAACGCUGAUUUACUUCACAUCAUGGUGCUAGAGAGGCUAGACAAGUGUCAGAAUGUAGAGAAGCUUACUUUGGGGGAAAGCUUUCUCGAGAUUUUAUCUCUUGCCGAGCUCCGUGGUGUUCCUUUUCCAAACUUCAAGGUUAGAGCUUUAACGCUUGAGACACCGAUCUCUCACUAUGUAAUUCCUGGUAUAGUAAGGGUGCUACAAAACUCUCCUGAAUUAAAGAAGCUAACCCUAAAAUACAAAAGGGAUGAUGGCUUCAUACCGGGCAUCUAUAUUGACGAAAACCUGCGUUCUCAUGGCUUGGAUACGGAUAAAUGCUGGACCUCGGAAGCGAGAGUCUUCAAAGACAUUUGCCCCUUGAGAGCAUACUCUUUGUUUCUACAAGUUGUGCUUAAAACCACAGAGACAUUAGAGAAGAUGGUCGUAAUGUUAGAACCUUAUUUUAUAGCAAAAGGUGUUAUGAAAGAGUUGCUUGAGAUGAUUCCAUUGCUUACUCGCAACAUCAAUGUCUCCAUUGUGAAAACCAGAUGCCGUUUCAAAAUGUAAACUU